GACGGGUCUGAUUGUAUUGGUCGGGCUGUUACUGAGCGCCCACUCCCGGCCGCUAUCCCACUACUGCCCGAUGCGGGGACUUUUGGCUGCUGGGUUUCCCCCCUGGCCCGGUUCGCCCCUCCUUAGUUAACCUGCACUUUCCAGACUCCUCCGGAAAGUCCAUAUUAACACCAGGCUUAGUGCGGACGUCCAGUCAACAUGUGCCACUCAGCACCAGGACUCCCGACCUCAAACCAUCCUCCGGCCCCGACCUCCGAGUAGCCGGAUUACAGGAGACGCCACGCUCCCAGUCGAAAGUCUACAACGGCUUUUCAAAUGAAAUAAUAAAACUAAAAAAAAUCAGAGGAUAAGAAUAAAAUUCUAUCCUUCAGUCAGAAGACUAUGUGUGACAAAGAAAACUAUGAUUUCAACAGAGAUGACGCGGAAUCACCAGGCUGUACUCCAGCAAAACCUCGUUUAGGAAAAUUUGUUGAUGUUUACUCACCUCAACAUCUUAAUUUGACACCAAACAAUAAACAGAAACUUGACUUUGGCUUAAGAGAUGAGAGUCCUGACUUAUAUACACCUGAUAAAAAUAGUGAAAGGCGAGAUGAUUUUAAAUGCAGGACUGUCAAACCAGAGGCCCGCUACCGUCAUGUACUUGGCAACUGUUCAUUCGAAGGCAACCAGAGCUUCCCACGCUUGAGUCGUAGAGUGAGACCUAUUAAAAUGGAGCUGGAAACUCCAACAAAGGUCAAACCUCCGUCUGACUUUGUAAGAGUUGAUGGUCCCAAUGGUCUGCGCUUCAAUACUUCAUUAGCAGCGGGUGAUAGAGCCGGGUCUCCAGCACAAUCACAAACAGACCGCUUGCAGCAGACUAUCAACCCAAGUAAAGCUGUUUUUACCAUCGAGCCUAACUCUUUCAAAAUACUGAUUGUGAAUAACAAGGCAUGUUCCUUACUUGGCUACUCAUCGGGGGAGCUCUGUGACCUUCAGUUUUCUGAUCUAUUACACAGCAGGAGUAGCCAUGCAUUCAAGCUUCAUGAGCCAGAAGAUGCUGACAGCUCUGAAAAUCGUCCUAUGGUUCUCCUUAGUGGAAAGGUGGUAGAACUCGUGACCAAAGAUGGAGGCACAGUGCAGGUGUCAUUGUGGAUAAGGCAACUGGACAAUGAGGGACCCUGUCUUGUUGUGGCUGAACCUGUCACUUGUAAGAAUGUUAAGAUGUUGGUGGAGGGCGAGACGGGGGUGAUAGUGUCGUGCACGGGCGAGGACGCGUCGCUCCUGUUCCAGGCUGACAGUACGGAGCAGCUGGUGGGGCUGCCUCUCUCCCGCCUCGUGCCCUCCAUCCGCCUGCCCGCCGCCGCCGACCCGCCACGCGUCUACAAGCAGAAGGCCACAGGAAGAACGUUAGAUGGCGCGUCCUUUCCGUUGUGUUUGUGGAUAUCUAAAGCGGACAGCCCAGACGAUUCCUCAUGGACGUCUGCUAAAUAUAAAGACAAAUCAAUUUUGGAAGUCAAUAUUAGGGUGACAUGCAACGUGAGCGGGCUCCUGGUGGUGGACGAGGCGGGGCUGGUGGCGGCCUGCAACCCUCACUUCGCCGCGCUGACCUUCGGGCAGCCCCCCGCCGCCGUGCUGGGGCAACCUGUGCGCCGCCUGCUGCCCGCCUUCUGCCGGCCCGCAGACCUGCUGCAGCCCGCGCCCAGCGCCACCGGCGCCCGCGCCCGCGCCCGCGCCGGCCCCCGCCCGCCCCGCGAUUCGGACACGGACGACGACUCGUGCGGCGCCUUCAACGGUAGCCAGAAAUCUCUGAACGUGCAGCCGUCGCUGUUAUCCGCCACCAGGGAGAAGUCGUCCAGCGCCCUGUGCCUGGACAAGUCGGCCAGCCUGGUGACGCACACGCCCACACCCACGCAGGACAUGGUGUCCAGCAUCAGCACCACGGAGCAGCGCAACGACCUCUCCGCGCUGCCCGACCUCACCUCCGGCAUGUCCGGCAUAUCCAUAGACGACGACAACUACUGCCCGAGCUUGUCCAAAUCCCGUUCUGAAAACAUUCUCAGAUCCGAGCACGCCGUCCCUGGGAAACUCGCUAAAGGGACGGAGAAGUCCGAUUCUAUAUACUACACGUCGCAGCACUCGCAGGAGGUCACUCCGACGGGAGGAGCGCCCAGAGUGAGAAUCAACGAUCCUUCGUUGCGUCUGUCCUUCGACUCCAGCAAAUACAAGUCUUUGAAAGCGAAUUUGCCGGGCCAAGUGAUCAAAGACGAUAAAAGCAGUCUUUCUUUGGAUUUCUGCGAUUCUAACGAGACUAGCGCUGAUUUCCUGACGCCUAUCAAUGAGAUGCCGCCGCCGGGCUGCGAGCUGGAGGAGCUGCCGCAUCACAACGGCACCGAAGCCAGCGACACCUUCUACAAUGACGACCUGGACACGCACACCGAAUCUGUGCCCAAGAAAAAGUAUGAAGACGACACGGCGACGGGCGGGAGUCGUGGGCCGCGCGCGCUGCUAAGCACAUCUACACCCCGCGCGACCCGCGACUGCGUCUGCCCCUGCCCUUGCCCCUGCCCCUGCCCUCCGCGCGACUGCAGCUGCGCGCCCCGCGACUGCAGCUGCGCUCACGACUGCGGACACCGCGACGGCACCUACCGCGGCACGCUGCUGCACCACGACGGCACCGAGCUCAAUGUGAUAUACACGGUGUCGACGAUGGUACUGAGCACGGGGUCCCGCGUCCGCUACGUGUGGCUGGGAGUGCAGUUGGAAGACAACGCGAGACACACCACGCUGGCCUCCAGCCAGGCCUCCACUGCCGACGACUCGCUGGCCCUGCCCCUGCCCCUGCCCCUGGGCAACAACAAAUCUGGUAGCAGCCGACCGCAGUCCAUAUCGCUGGCGAGCCAAUGUGGUGACGAACAGACGGCAGGCGAUUAUAGCAAGCAUUACGUCACUCUCAAGCAGAUCGGUAAAGGCGCGUACGGUUGCGUGAAGAUGGCGUAUCGUCGGUCAGACCGUCUGCUGGCCGUGGCCAAGUUCAUCCUCAAGGAGAAGGUGGGGCCCGCCUUCUGGGUGGACGGACCCUCGGGCCGCAGACUGCCGCUCGAGCUCAGCCUGCUGCUCACGCUGCAGCACCCGCACAUCGUGAGCGUGCUAGACGCGUUCGAGAACGACAAGUACUUCCAAAUGGUGAUGCAGAAGCACGGCGCCGGCAUGGACCUGUUCGAGUUCAUCGAGCGACGCCCGCGACUCGACGAGCCGCUCAUCAGCCACAUCUUCAGGCAGAUCGGUCAGGCGGUGGAAUACCUUCACUCGCUGAACAUCCUGCACCGCGACAUCAAGGACGAGAACGUGAUCAUAGACAACCGCUUCCACGUGAAGCUGAUCGACUUCGGAUCAGCCACCUUCAUGAGCCGCGACGCUCUAUUCUCCACCUUCUACGGCACCACCGAGUACUGCAGCCCUGAAGUGCUCGCCGGGAACAAAUACGCGGGCCCUGAGCUGGAGAUGUGGUCGAUGGGCAUCACGCUGUACGUGCUCACGUUCUUCGUCAACCCGUUCUCCGACAUCGAGGACACCAUCCAGGGUCCGCUGCACUUCCCGCAACCAGUCUCCGAAGAUCUGGAGCAGCUGCUGCGCUGGAUGCUGUGCAAGGAGCCGGCGCGGCGCUGCACCGUGCCCCAGCUGAUGGGGCACCCGUGGGUACGGCAGCCCGUGCGCCUCGACCACUACGUGUUCCACCACGUCGUGGACUGCGACCGGCACGAGGCCAGCCCCGAGUUGUACUACAGCGGCAGUGCCGAGUCCCCGCGCUCCCCGCGCUCGCCCCGCUCGCCCCGCACGCCCUCCCCGGCCUCCCUCGCUGAACACAACACUAAAGAGCGGGGCCCGGGCGGGGGCGGGUCGGGUCGGGGCGCGGCCGGGUCGCGGCGGGCCCCCGACGCUUCCGACAACUACUCGUCCGUCGACUUACUGGAGGCGUCAUCGAAGCCGGUGUCGGAGGCGGGUCUGACGGACAUCAGCUCGGACGCGACGGGUCACGCGGCGUGCGACAUCGCGUGCGACUGCGGCCGCGACCACCCCGCCGACCUGCCUCGACCCCGACCCCGGCCUCGACCCCGACCCCGACCCCGACCUCUACGCGGCCGACAGUUGGGACGAGUGCGAGCAGGACAGCUUCUCCUAACCGACCAAAAAUUAACAAAAUCGUCAAUGCAACUCGUUUUUACUUACUCGACUAUGAAUAGAUUUAGAUGCCGCCCCGUCUAUACUCUUCCGAAACAAAAGGUAUACAGACCACAAAAAAAAUUUUCGAUGGGUCGAAUUUUGUACCUAUAUGAAUUGGGACGAGUGCGAGCAGGACGGCUUAUCCUCACCGACGAAAAAGUCAUAAAAUCGUCAAUGCAACUCGUUUUCACUUACGCGGCUAUGGAUAUUUUUUUAGAUGCCGCCCCGUCUAUUAUACUCUUCUGA